CGCAUGCGCACGCGCUACCAUAAUAAGUUGUAGGAACUGCUCUUGCUGGUCUGUAACACACUAGGUCCAAGUUUAUUAGGUCAUUCGCAAGUGAAUUAUAGUCUUGCACGUAUUAUUUGUGAGUAAGCAAACAGGUUUAUAAUGGCCCACUGUGACCCCUCAGCCUCAAAGGCAGUGGAUGGAGGACUGUCUGAAGAGUUUGCGGUCCCCUCUCAUGUGGAGGAGGUCAAGAAACUCAUGGCAGAGUUUGCCGAACAGCACGGAUCGACUGGGCGCAGAGUAGUUCUCAUCACCUCAGGAGGAACCAAAGUUCCUCUGGAAUCCCGAACGGUACGGUUCCUGGACAACUUCAGCAGUGGUCGGCGAGGGGCCUCCUCUGCCGAGUAUUUUCUGGACUCGGGCUAUGCGGUGAUCUUUCUGCACAGGCAUCGUUCUCUCUACCCAUACACUCGUCUGUACACAGGGGUCAAUUUACUGGAUAGCUUACAAUUAGAGACUGGUAAGGAGGACGCUGGUCAGAUCCUGGUGGAUAAGAACGCACUUCCAAACAUUGCAAAGGUUCUAAAGCGCUAUCAGGCGGUGAAAGCUGCAGGAUUACUGCUGCCGGUGGAAUUCAACACCUUGUCAGAAUACCUCCAUCUACUCAAGGCAGCAGCUCAAGCAUUAAGCUCCAUAGGGUCCAAGGCUAUGUUUUAUUUGGCUGCUGCUGUUUCUGAUUUCUACAUCCCAGCAUAUGAAAUGCCAGAACACAAAAUUCAGUCUUCUAAUGGGCCACUUCAGAUAAGUAUGAAGAUGGUUCCCAAGAUGCUGUCCCCAUUGGUGAAGGACUGGGCACCUAAGGCAUUUGUCAUCUCUUUCAAGUUGGAAACUGAUCCCUCCAUCCUUUUGGAGCGAGCACGGCGUGCCUUAGAAACAUACAACCACCAGGCAGUGGUUGCGAAUGUUCUGGACACGCGCCGUGGUUAUGUGGUUGUUGUCACCAAGGAUACGCAACAAGAGCUAGUUCUCACAGAUGAGGAAGUGCAGAAAGAGGUAGAGAUUGAGGACAGGAUUGUCAGUAAUCUGACUGAAGCACACAGUCGAUUUAUGUCUCAAUAAGUAUGAAAAAACUUGCUGCGAUUUUGUAGCAUGCACUGUAGGCUCAAGGCAGAUCUGGGAUCAGUUUUUUUUUGUAUUGUAAUAACUGGUUCAAAUCUAAAUAGAGAAAGAGAUCCUGGAAAAUUGGCUUGUGUCGUUCAAAAAAUGACAUCUGUAAGUUCAGAAAAAAACUAAUAAAAAUCUAAUAAGUUC